CGUGAUAAAUACGAAGGUGAACUACGAGAGAUGGAGUUAUCGGAGAGAAACACGCAGGAUCGUUAUAAUGAUACAAAGGCAAGGCUAGCUGAUGUAGAGGGAGACAACAUCCGCUUGAAUUCGCUCAUCAAGCAGAAACAAGAGGAUGUAAACGGCAUUAAACAGGAAUGUGACAGACUGUCUAAGGAGAGGAAAAAUGUACAAGAAGUCAUCCGACAAGAGUUUGCAGAUCGUCUGGUUGCCACUGAAGAGGAGAACAGACGUCUGAAGAAUGAGAUGUCGGAAAUGAGAGCAAGGCACAAACUAGAAAUAGAGAGAAUCGAGAAGAGUAAGGAGGAGGAGUUGGAGGAAGUUCAUAAACG